UCUUUUCCCCCCUUCUCUCUCUCUCUCUCUCUCUCUCUCUCUCUCUCACCCCUCACCUCAUUUCCCUCCUUCCCUCUCUCUCUUUCUCUCACCAUCGCCAUCAAUACACAACCAAAACCCUAAUCUUUCAAUUCCUUCUUCGCGAUCAUCGCUGCGCAUUCCCUCCGAUUGCUGUCGCGAAGCUGUGAAUACCUCUGGGUAAAAUUCGACUUCCUAAAAGAGGGGGUUUUGUUUUCUUCAUACAAUCUUAGGGUCUGAUGAGAAUUCUUACGGAAAUGCAGAGAUCGUUUUCCGUGAAGGAACUGGCUUGCAAGAAGAAGAAAUAACGGUCCUUGUUCGGCCAAGGUUAGAACACGCGACAUACCGUUGGGAAAGAAGAAAGCGGUGGUGGCGGUGCAGUGCUGUUCUUGCAGAAAGAAAAGGUUGCAUUUUGGCAAGUGUAGGUAGGGUUGAUUAACGAUGACUCGCAUACUGAUUCAGCGAGGGUCUUCUGGGGGUCCUUCAGGUAGUGGUUCUAACCAGAACCCGAAUCAGAAUCAGGGCCGUUCCGGGCCUCGGCCGGAGCCGGCUUUGCCUGUUCCUCCAGCUGGAAAGGAUGAGGAAUGUGGAGAGGAGGCGGCGGAGCAGGUUGUUGGUGAUGAUCUUUUGGAGUAUGGUGGGACCAGUGAUAGUGGCAAGGCAAACAGUGAUGACAGUUUCUUGGAAGGUCCUAGGUUAGAGCAGAGUCACACCGUCUCAGGUGAUGAAGUAGCUGAUGAUGAUACUGGUAAAGAUGUUAAAGAAGAGGUUGCUGUGGUCCACCAAGAAUUGAUGAGAGGGUUGGGUGGAGAAAAACCUGCAUCAGAUGUUGAGUCCUGUAUUGGGGAUUCUACUAGCGGUAGCUCGCACCCACCACCGCCACCUGUUCCGCCUCCUAAGCCUUCUGCAAAUAACUUAACAAGAAGGAAUGUAUCAGGGACUUCAAAUGCUGUCCAUUUAGGAUCACCUAGAAAAGCAGCUGCGUGGCCUGUGGUUUCGGCUAGGACUUCACCUGCGGGCUCUCGACCAUCAUCUCCGAGGGCUCAUAGUGAAAAUGAAGGGUACAAUAGUGCUGACGAGCAAAAUCCAUGCUUGGGGUCCUCUUAUGAUGAUGUGGAGAAAGAGCGACAGUUUGAAAUUGAUAUUAGAAGGGUGAAAGGUUAUGAAGUAAAAAGAAUGUUAGAGGAUGGAAACUGCCUUUUCCGUGCCAUUGCAGACCAGGUGUAUGGGGACUCUGAAUUAUAUGAUGAGGUCAGACAGCUGUGCAUAGAUUACAUGGAAAAGGAGAGAGACCACUUUUCUCAAUUUAUAACAGAAGGCUUCACGUCAUAUUGUAAAAGGAAGAGAAGAGAUAAGGUCUAUGGUAACAAUGUUGAGAUCCAAGCCAUCUGUGAAAUGUAUAAUCGCCCAAUUCAUAUAUACUCCUAUUCUACAGAACCGAUCAACAUAUUUCAAAGAAGCUAUAACACUGACACACCACCAAUACGGCUUAGUUAUCACCACGGACAUCAUUAUAACUCCCUGGUUGACCCACGGCGCCCAACAGUUGGCAUUGGACUUGGGUUCGGCUCUCUUCGUGGGACAAAUGUUGACAAAGAUCAAGUCAAGGCUGCUAUCAUAGCUCAACAAAACAAUCAGAUUGAUAAUGCACUUUUAGCUGAGGGACGGUUCUACUCUGAUCUUGAGCUCACAGAGAAGGAAAUUGAACGUUCUGUGAUGGAAGCUUCUCGUGCCGAGUAUCUUGCUGAGGGUAUUAAGCAACAACUUGGGCACAGAGAGUCAUCUACAUCAAAUGCCGAGCCAUCUUCUUCUGGAGCUAGGUCAUCGAAGAUGGAACAGGGAAAAGAGCAGGACACAAAUCAAAGCAGCAGCAUACAACUUCUAAUGUGUAUGGGAUUCACUUACCUUCAAGCUAUUGAGGCAUACAGCAUAUUUGGGGAUGAUGUCGAUUCUAUGGUCUGUUACCUUCUGGAAACUGGUACUAGUAGCAGACGCAAAGGAAAGGCCGCUGAAUAAAUAAGAAAAAAACUGAGCUUUCGAUUACAUCCAAAUUAGAUAUAUCAAUGAAUAAAUAAAUAUCAUGUAUUAGAAUUAGAUUCCUUUGCUCUUGUCCACGUGUAGUAGUACUGGUAGUAGGAAAAACUUGAGGAAAUAAUAUACUUCCACUUUUAAUAGUUACAUAAAAAGAUUAACUGCUUCCUUUUA